UGGACAUGCGCAGGCGUUAACGUUCGCUGAAAUUCCAAAUAUAAAAUUCUGUGCAAAAAAUGGAUGGGAUGCAGCAACUUGAUCAAACUCCCCUUCCGCCAAAUUGGGAGUGCAGAUUUGACUCCAGAACCGGAAGAUAUUAUUUCGUGAAUCUUUUCACAAAAUCAACGACUUGGGAUGAUCCACGAGCGAGAUUCAGAACUGCUCAGAUCUCCUCCGAGAGUAUUCCGUUACAGCCAAUGCAUGCGAGCCCGUAUCAUGUUUAUCCCACGAGUAAUUAUCCGGCCCAAACCGCUUUUCAAAACCCUCCAUCUGGUGUGCCAAGUGUCAAUAACAGUCCACAGUUUAAUUUAAAGCGACAGCAGCUCGAAAUGUCUCCGAUCAUUCGUUCAACCCCGCAUACGCCUCGCAGCCAACAUCGGAGUGUCGCGCCACGCAAAAGCAUCCAAGAAACGUCUUUUUCGAGUCAAGUUGCCGAAACGGACACGGAAGCGGUUGUCUCGAAAAUCAAUACGAUGUUCCCUACUGUGCCAGAAACCCAUAUUCGGUCGUUGUUGAAGAAAUAUCACAAUCGUGAAGCUGUCGUCAUUUCCGCCUUGCAAGUCGAAAAACAUCCCAUUACGACGCCCGGUCCUUACACUCCGCCGCCAAUUCGUAAUUUUCACACGGCAGCGACAGCAGCAACUUGCGUCUCGGCAUUCCAAAAGACGCCGCCAUCCGUUCAUCGAGGCUCGUCAGCGGUUGGGAUCAAUUACAGUCACUUUGAUUCGCGAAAUGCGUCGCCCGUGACGAGACCAGCGAGUGUUGCGAGUAAUGCGCCGACCGUUUGCAUGUCGAUGGUUGAGAAACACGGCGGCGGAGGCAUAAGUUGUGGUUCGCCGCGGUUCGAGGGAGGCUUUCGGAUGUCGCCGAAGCCGCAUUCGUCGCCAAAGAUGAAGUUGAGAUAUGUCAAAGGAUUGUUCCCAAAAGCGGAGGAAACUAUAAUUUUGGAUGUCUUGGCGAAUGUUGACAAUAACGUGCAAAAAGCUUCCGAACGACUUGUUACGAUGGGAUACCAAAAGAAGGAUGUUGUCGCAGCGAAUAAGGCAGCGCUGAAGAAAAAAGAGGUUGAACAGCAGGAACGAGAGGAGAAAUUGCUUCUUACGCCGAAGCCUGUUCGCGUCAAAACUAUCGAAGAAAAACGAAAAAUUCGUCAAAAACUUCAAACGCAAUUCCCCGACAUUCCCGAACGAGUUGUUCUCAUGGCCCUCGAAAGCGUCGAAUACUCCGAAGAACGUGCAAUCCAAAUCCUCAACAUUGUCAUGCAAGAAGACAAUCCCAAAACUUCGUCUACUGAAAAAAUCAAACAAGAAUCCGAAGUCGAAAAUAACGAACCAUUGAGUUCAAGUUCAAGUUCCGUCGCAACGAAAACCACUCCGAGCCAAGCAGCAACAACAAGCAACAUGCGAAAAACGGAAAGUUGUGCAACGACCGCCUUGCUUUCCGGCGAAUCACGCUCCUCAUCGCACUACGGGAUGCUGGAAACGAUGGAAGAAUUGCCUUCGUCGUCGCCGUCGUACGAGGAUUUCCUCACGUCAUCGUUGGAAACGUCGCCCGAGGAGAAAAAUGCGAAAGCGCGUUUCCCGAAAACGCAACUUUAUCACCUCAAAGCGCAAUCAAAAGUCCCUGAAAAGGAUGUCACCGAUCACAAAACCGAAGCAACUUCCUUGGAUGAGCCUUUGAAGAAGAUCCAUAUUAGUCCUUAUGCCGCCGGACCUAAUCCUGAUUUACGAAAUGGGCCUAAUGAUGAACUUUUGCUCUCGGAUUACAUGACCUGGAAUGGCGCCAAUCCCGAUUUGAGUAACGGAUCAAAGUCCCAAGCACGCGGUCCUGACAAGAAUCUCCUCUCGGAACGUACUUAUGUGGCACGUGGCAGCAAGAAGGAGCUCUGGAAGGGUCCCUCAUCGUUGGCAAAGGGCAGUAUGUACGCCCAAUUAAGUCGUCCCGAUGUUGUUUGUAACUGAUUUGACGAUUUUUCGUCACAUACAAUCAAUUAACGUUAAUUUAAAUUAUUUUUUAAGAUUUUUUUGAAUCUCUUACAACCAAAAAAGAACAAACCAGUGCAAUCAUUUACAUAUUUUUAGCUUUUUAGGCUUUUUAAAAGCAUUUUUUAUUGAAUUUAAUUCAUUUUUUACCUAAAAUAAUUCAAUUUUUGAAUUUUUUUGGUCGUUAUUUGACCUUACAUAAUCAUUAAAAUUAGAAAAUUUUUGCGUGAAUAGAUUUAAGUCCAUUUUCUCAUAUAGAAAAAUGUUCUGUAGUUGAAGUUUCUCGUAUUUGUGGCGUAAUUUUUGAAAUUUUUUGCUGAAAAAAUGUAUUUUUCUGAAUCUCUUCGACCGACAUGACACUCACGAGUACAAUAUUUUACACACAAUUCAAGCCAAAAACCGAAAAAAAUAUUUUAACGAAGAAUUUAUUUUUAAUUAAAGUCGUACUUGACACUGAAACAAUAAAAAAAUAAAAAAAAAACUGAUAAACUAUGUCUAACUAAUCGAAUAAAAAAUGUAGAAAAUUAGAUGAAAAAUGUUCGAUGUCGAAAAUUCAGUCAAUUGAUGUGAUUGUUGAGGAAGGUCUUAAUAAAAAAAUCCUUUUCUCUAAAAAAAAACUCAAUAAUAAAAAAAAUAAUUAAAGUUAC